AUGAGGGCAUCGGCGAGUUGGGACGCGUCUUUGGAGAGAAAAGGUGGAGGAGAGGGCUCCGCGUAACUCCAAGUUUUUAGCCCUACUCGAGAGGGGAUUCACAGACUUUUCGGCGGAGUUUCCCGACACAUUGAGUCAGCGGAGGAGUCUCGGUCGGAGGGUUUGUUUUCGGCUCUGUCUUUUGGUGAUCGGACAGACUGCCGUCCAUCCAAUGUGCGUAAAGGGGCUCUAUUUCCUCGGCGUCCUGUUUGGACUCGCAGCUUCAGGGGUGCUGCAGGUCAGCGGGAUGCGUAUCUACACAUCUGGGGAGAUGGAGGCAGUCAACGGGACUGAUGCUCGUCUGAAGUGCACAUUCCAGAGCUCUGCUCCAAUCAACCCCAAUGCAAUUGUCAUCUCCUGGACCUUCCGACCUCUCAAACCUGGGCGGGAAGAGUCGGUGUUCCACUAUCAACAACGGCCAUAUCCCCCUGUAGAAGGCAUUUUUAGGAAGCGUGUUGUUUGGGCUGGUGACAUCAUGGGUCGCGACGCCUCCAUUAUUCUUCAGCAGGUCAAGUUUACCUACAACGGCACUUACAUCUGCCAGGUGAAGAAUCCACCAGAUGUCCAUGGAGCCGUCGGAGAGAUUAAACUACGUGUGGUCACCACAGCCUCCUUCUCCGAACUCCUCCUUCUGGCAUUGGCCAUUGGGGGUGGCAUCGCUGCUGUGGUCAUCCUCCUCAUCAUCAUUGUCUCCUGCAGGAGGUGCAAGAAGAGGAGAAUGGGACAGCGGGAAGGCAAUGAAGAGGCUCCGCGAAAAGAAAGAAAAGACCCCACAGCGUGGUAAGACCAAGAGAAAGACAGAGGGAGAGGAAGAUGGGGGUAGAGAGAGGAACAGAAGAAUCACACGCUUCCUCUCUCGCUUUCCUUCUAACUCUGGGGGUCCGGUUGGUGGUGAUCCUGCUUGGGGCCUGGGGCUAUCUCCCUACUGGACGCUUCACUUCCACGUUCCUCUGUAACUGCAUCCAAAAUGUGGACCAGUUGAUGGGCAGCUGUCGUUAACCGGAGAUAAAUUAAGAAUGUGCCUUUGUGUAGAGAGCUGUAGAUAUAAAGCUUUAGCCAGACUGCUGUGUAUCUUUUAUAUCACAAGUGCCUUUCAUUUCUGCAGAGAAAAUGCUGUUUUAUCGGUUCAUCUUUUCCUGUUCAGUUGAAUGGGCUUCCAACACAUUUCCUGUUUACAGUAAAUGUUUCGGAGAUGUAGACGUAGAACAAUGGUGUAUUUCUCCUGUUUACUUCCCUAGUAAUACAUGUUAGACCCCAACAUACCAGCACAGUACAAACCAAAUACUGGACUUAUUAUUUCAACAAACAAUACAAACUGUGGAACAAUGAAUGAGAGGUUUCCUCACUUCUACUGAAAACUUGUUCAACCCAUUUAGGCUGGAUGCAACAUUUACUGGUAUAUGCUUUUAAAACUGAAUGACACUUCUGCACAUUUUGGAUGUGACUAAACUGCAACAUGAUUGGCUAAAUACAUAUGUGGAAGGCCAAUGGGAUAAAAUGUUUUGCUUUUAGCCUUAACAUGGAAAAGUCAAUGGAUAUAAAAGGAUUUGAAGUUGGGCAGUUAGUCAAAUAAUAGCUGAUGACCUGUUCAGAGAGUGAUAGAGGACAACUGCCUAAAUAUAUUACACAAUAACCUUACAAAGACAGUAACUCAGCCAGAUUCCAUGCUAUCAUGCAAAUCCAUCUUUCAAAGCUCCAAUAUGAAACAUUUUUUGGCUGAUCUUAUCUACACAUACAUUAUUUCCACAUAUAAUGGCUGCGCUCAGUUUGCCAGUGAAAUGCAACAUAGAGCAAAUUUCUAUUUUCUCUUGUCAUUCAGAGCAGUUCCACUGCCUGCACCCCGGUUGGUGCAUCCCAUUCAUAGAAGAUACACAGCGGGUCUAUUUUCACUGUUAGAAUUGAUGGACCAAUCUGCUUCAUUUUAGGAGAAAUGGUGGUAGCUAUAGACAUGUUUCAGGUGCAGGAGAUGGCAGCCAGGGAAGUGUCUAGCUCGGAUGCAGCUAUAGCGGCAGUUUUAUCAGAACUGGACAUUUCUUCAUAAGAAGAGCAAAGAACCUCAAUGUAAGCUUUUCCUGGCAGAAAAGAGUGUUUGCUCUUCUCUUGGCUGGCCUCAGCAUGAGUUUGAUUCAUCAACUAGCUCCACUGAUAGUAAACAAUCAUAAUGGCUGACUAUCAAGCUCACAUUAUGCAGUUUAUUCACGGGGGUCCCAUGCCCACUAUGCUUUAUGUCUAUUGGCUUGUGAUGAAUGUGACAGAUAGGAUGUUUGGCCAAUUACCCUCUGAGAAUAUUUCAGAUGGGUGUGAAAUAUAUCCCAUGCAAUACAUAUGUGAAACAGUCUAUCUGGCAUGUCAGGCUACUGCUACAUGCUAAAAAAUGAAGAUUUUAGUAAACAUUGAAAUAAUGUGCUGUUUUUCCCCAAAAACGGAGAUUUUUUUCGAACUACAAUUAGGUUUUAGAAUGUAUUUUUUAGAAAGCCUUAGGUCUAAAUGGGUUAAACAACAUAUGAAGAGAAUAUUAUGAAACCCAAAACAAAGCUUUUUAUAAUCCUUAGUUUCAUUUUUCGACUGUGCAAUCCACCUUUAAUGAAGGUUUUCCUGACAUAGAGAGAUCCUGGUGUACAUUUCUGUUUUGUUUCACUACUGAAGUGACAUUGCUGUAUUUUUUAAAAUAGAUUAUUUUGUGUAAUUAGCCUGAUUUUGAGACAUAAUCAAGGUGCUAUCAAAAAAACCAAACCUAUUGGAGAGCACUUGUUGGAAACAGACAUUUCACUUCAUAUUUUUGUAAGAAUAAAAUAUUCCAGCACUUAAUUGAAUUCAGCUGCAACUCUGGCAAAUUUCAAAGAAACCAAUUACGUUUCUGAUGUCUGUUUUGAACAAUGGGCUGUUUUGUCUCUAUGAUCUUGUGUUUUUUCUGGGCAUGUGGGCAUCUUUGCUUCUCUCUUGGGUUUUCAGAUCUCUCUGCAGUAGGCGCUUUACAUGUUACUGGGUAAACUAUUGCAAUAAGUCAAACUUUAAAGCCAAGGCUCUCAAGGAAAGUCUUUCAUCCUCACUUAUUAGAUUCAUUCAGACUUAAUGUAUAUCACUUUAAAACGAGGGAUCAAAUGUUGUAACCCUGAUCACAUGCAGAUUUGUAAACAGAGAUAUUGAUCCAAGCUUCGCUCUCAAUUUAGACCAUUUAACCCUGUGUGAUGCUAACCUUUUGUUCCUGCUGCUGUGUUUUUGUUGUCUGUCUGUCUUUGUCCUGUCCCCAUUGUCUCUGACUUAUGCACAUGCAUGGUCAUAAAUAAUUCAUGAAUGUGUCAUGCAUGAAUUCCCCUCCCUGACAUGUGUGCUAUGUUGCUCUUACCUUCCCCUGCUGCUUGUCUCCCUGUCCCUUCUACGUGUGUGUCUCAGCCACCCGUCAAGGGCCAUACAUCUUUACUUGUCAGAGACGUCCAUAGAGAUUGACAGUUCAGACGGCAUGAUCUCAGACCCCAGCACCCCAGACUCCAGCUCCUCAGAGGAGGAGGACCCGAGCUCAGAUGACGAUGAUGACAAUGAUGACUCUGAUUGAGGAGGAGGGAACAGACAGAGAGACAGAAACAGUGACAUGAUGCCAGUCAGGAAGCUUGCUGGAUUGAUGCCCGAAUGGCACACAUGGAUUCCACAGUUCAUCAUCUGAGUGGAGACGAAGUGAUGAGAGCGCUGCUGCAGUGACGGAAAACAAGCACAUCGUUUAAGAAUGGGAGGAAAAUGGAAAGAAAGUUCUGUUUGGGAGAUUGCGAACAAGAACAAAGACGUGAGCAAUGCUUUGAUGACGGCUUUGAAAAGGGAUCGGAUGGGAAAAUACUUUAAAGUAAGUUGAGAGAUAUUCAGAUAAAAGAAAUGAUGGAUUAAAUUUGAUGGCUUCAGAGCUUGGCUCUUAAAGGAAAAAGCACAAAGUUGUGUUCAAUAACUGUUGUUUUAAACAUGGACCUUUUUUGGCCUGUAAAGUCAAUAUUGACAAAUCCUGUGGUCUUUUUAUGGGCCACCAUAACUGCAGUGGAACCUCAGCAUCUGCUGUUGCUGUCUGCUAACUGUGACAGCAGUGUGGAUAGUUAAAAAAAAGGACAGCUGCCAAUGAAGAUACCUUUAUCAGGUGAUUGUAACUUUUUUUUUUUAGUACAGAAAAAAGUUAACUGUCUGCCACAUAUGUUCAUUUGUUAGGCUUAAUGGAUAUUCACAGCUGGAUUUAAUAAGCACAGACUAGCAGUCUGCAGGGUAGUGUUACUUUUAAAAGUAACUUACUAAAAAUGAAAUCCCUUUAACAAUUUGCUCCACACGUAAAAACGUGACAUGUAGUCCACUAAACAUUUGUCUCCAAAUCUGUCUCUGCCAUCACUCUGCUGCCUAGCUUAUGCCCCAUAAUCUGUACCUCUUGUCACAAUCUGACAAUGAACUGGACAGAGGCAUUCGGUAUUACACCUGGACUGAGCUUUAGAACUUAUAUUUGUCUUUGAAGUUAAUUCCACAUCUUACACCACUGUCAGCUAGCUCCUCAUGCACAGCUGUGUUGUCUUCCCCAGUGUGCCAACAGGAGAAACAGAAAUACUGCAGCUGGUUCAAAGAUUUCUCGCUCCCUCUCUUAUUUAGCAUGAUUCACCCAAAAAAAAAAAAAAAACCAGAAAUGCAUUAAACUGUCCGUACUUUUUAUCUUGUGUUAGGUUUAGGGGAAGAAUUCUCCACUAGGAUAUGGGUGGUAUCCAUUUAAAAAAAAAAAAAAAAACCCUUAAGCCUUCUCAAAAUUUUCCUGGUGUUACAGUAUUACUGACUGGUGUUUAACAUUUUAACCUCUACUCUAUUUAAAAAGUUUGUAGAACAUCAACCCUGUGAUGUAAAGUCAGCUCUAAAUGUCCUUUUUUCAGGACAAUCGGGGCUUUGAGAAUAUGUGUGCUGCAAUAAUAUCACUUUAAUUUUAAUAAAGGUUAUGGGACUAUAAAGACAAAAGAAAAAACCUAACCGAAAUUAUUCAUGAUUUUGAUUGAUUUAUAGUUGCAGCAUUGUUUUCAAUAAUUCACAGGUGAGCAGAGUUACAUCAGGACAGACAUUCAAAUGAAGAUUUGCCUUUUUUUUCUCUUCCUUUAUAUGUGCUCUCUCUCCCUCCCUCAUUCUUUGGUAAAUUGACAAAAUGAAAGUCAGAAACUUCUUUCAGAGCGUGAGGUAAUAUUCUGCGUGCUUAUAGACCGUAAAUAUUAUUUGAUUUUGAGUGACUACUUUAGUGGCUAAAAUAUCUAGAAACAACAAUUAAAUCCAUCAACAGUUCUGUGUUUUAGGCACUAAAGAUUCAUCAUGGGGCCUGAUGUGCUACAACUCGCAACUGGGGAGGGGGGGGGCACAUGUGUUUCCCGGCAGCCAUGGUCAAGCUUGACGGCAUUUCCCUUGUCCAGGCCUUUUUUUUUUACCUCUGGUGGUUCAACCAGAGACCGCCUGUGGUUUUAGGGCUUGCGGCAACCCUACUACAUCAUCCGGACAGGCUCUUGUUUGUCACAUCCACCCCGUACUCCGCCCUUAAAGUGUGGACUCUAUUUUUCUUUUUUUUCAACAGAUUAUUUUCCCAUGCCCCUGGUAAUAUGCAAGGACAUCCAGAGCAUGAGCUGGGUUGUGCCAAUCCUCCUUUCCACCCAAUGGGGCCCUCAGUCUUGACUCGCUAUUACAUACCUUACUUCAGCCUCAAUUUUGGACUCAAACAUGCCUAAAAGUUCUGUACAGUACUGUAUGUAUAACAUGAAAAAUAGCUAACAUAAGAUUUAACAUCUUAAAAAAGGUGAGUGGACCCGUAUGUUAACAUCACUGAGGCAAAGUGGGCUGGCUAUGGUUCUAAUUUUUGUAAUUUAAAUAGUGUCGCUGCACUGGUCCAAAGUAGCAUAAUCUUACAGUUUGAAUUAAAAUCUCUGUUUUUCUGCGGUUGUAAACAUGCAUCAUUUUGAAGAGAAUGUCCGGCGCUGAGCACCACGUAGCAAUUAAUGGUAGCUACCACCAUCCAAAGCUUUUUUUCUUGCCCUCAAGGCCUUCAUGCCAGCCACAUGACUGAAAGCUAUACUCUUCCUGAUGUCCUCUGUAUCACUGCCACAACUUACAUGGCAUAGAAGCUUAAAGGAGAAAAGCGUUCAGUUCUUCGGCCAGUCACUCAAACAUGCAGAUGUUAUAAAAGAUGCCAGUGCAGUUAUAGCAGCCUGUCAACUUCCAUUUUUUCCCCCGAUUUGUCUGUACAAUCAGCUGACAGAAGAAGGUGUUUUCUGCCAUGAUGAGCCAAAUGAAUACUUUCACUGUAGGAUUGCCUGUCAUGUUAUAGUUAGAAAAGGGUUUUUAUAGGUCUUGCAUUUCAAUCUGGUAUGCACACUAUUAUGAUACUACAAGUGUCAGAGCAUUUGUUAAACACAGUUUUACUGUCUAACUAUUAUCUGAGGGGCUAAUGUCACAUCAGAUUGCAUACGUAGAUCAAACAGAACAGAUGUGACAUUGCUGUCAUUGAGUCUGAAGGCCAAAUACUUGAUCAGUCAGCAGGCAAACACAUGCCCACACCUGUCCUGAGUGCUGUGUGGGAGUGCGCAGUCAGAUCUGAAAACCCUUUGAAUGCAAAAUGUCCUUGAGAGCUUUUUAAUUUCUCUCAACGUGCCUGUGAAUGCACCACAUCUACUAACAAAUGAUUGUAAUAUCUAUUUCUUCCUCUUUUUGUGACAGAAUUUUGUAUUUGUGAUGUAAUACUGAGCAAUCUAAAGAUGUUUCCUAUUUUAUUUUUAGAUGAUGCCAGAAGUAUUUUACCAUGUUUGUUAAAAUGUCACUGUAUUUGUUUGUUAUAGAGCUUUUAUAAAGAUUUUCUAAUAAAAAUGCCUUUAAAUCUC